AUGACGAUUCCAGCGGCGGACGACAAUAACUGUCCUUCCUACGACAAGGUGAUCGAUUUGAUCGUCGAAUACGCCUAUGACUAUGAGAUUGACUCCCCAGCCGCCUGGGCACGGGCCAAAGCUGCCCUUCUGGAUGCGCUGGGAGCUGCCAUUGAAAGUAUUCACACUAGCCCGGAAUGUGCCGCCAUGAUUGGCCCUGUCUGGCCCAAUACAGCCACGGUGCCAGGGGGCUUCCGAGUGCCCGGUACUCAAUUGCAGGUGGAUGCUCUCAAGGGUGCCUUUGACCUUGGGGGCAUGAUCCGCUACCUCGACCACAAUGAUGCCUUUCCUGGUGCUGAAUGGGGGCAUCCAUCGGAUAACCUUGGUGCGAUCCUCAGCACCGCCGACAUCCUCAGUCGGGAGGCCCUUGCUCGUGGCAACCCUGACAAAGUAAUCUCCAUGAAACAGGUCCUCACUGCUCUGAUCAAGGCGUACGAGAUCCAGGGCGUGUUCCAGAUCCGCAACGCCUUCAACAAGGUUGGCCUCGAUCAUGUCAUUCUGGUCAAGGUUGCCUCGUCGGCUAUGGUGUCCUGGCUCAUGGGUCUAUCUCGUGAUCAAGCCCGCGCUGUAGUCUCGCAUGCCUGGGCCGAUGGUCAUCCGCUGCGGGUCUAUCGACAAGCGCCAAACGCGGGACCCCGGAAAGGAUGGGCCGCCGGGGAUGCCUGCAUGCGUGCUGUACAUCUGGCCAACCUGGUUCGGUGUGGCCAGCCAGGUAUCCGCUCUGCGAUCACCACCCCGCGUUGGGGAUUUUAUGAUGUUUUGUACCGUGGUCAGACCUUUGAGCUACCCCGUCCAUUCACCAGCUGGGUUAUGGAGACGGUCCUCUUCAAAGUUUCCACAGCUGAAGGGCACGGAUUGACCGCGGUGGAAGCAGCAUUGACCAUCGCGCAAAAGAUGGCCCAGCGUGGGCUCCGGCCGGAAACCGACAUUGUUAGCAUUCGAGCAAGAACCCAAGAGGCCGGAAUGAUCAUCAUCAAUAAGAAGGGCCCACUGCACAACGCCGCAGAUCGCGACCACUGCCUGCGGUAUAUGGUCGCCGUGGUCCUGCUCAAGGGCAGUCAAAUCACGACCGCCGACUACCAGGACAGCAGUCCCUGGGCUCGUGAUCCUCGCGUAGAAUCACUACGCUCUAUCACCACCAUGGAAGAGGACCCGUCAUUCACCCACGAUUACCAUGAUCCUCAGUGCCGCAGCGUGGCCAACGCAUUGGAGGUGACAUUGCGGGAUGGCACCAAGUUGGAAGAAAUGGUUCCGUUCCCCCUGGGCCAUGUACGUCGGCCCGAGACUCUACAGCUGGUUCGGGAGAAGGCCCAGCAGAAUUUGGGCUUAAAGCUUUCCUCAGACAGGGUGGAGCAGAUUCUGGACACGGUAAAUUCGCCGAAGUUGGAGAAGAUGGCCGCUAGUGAUUUUGUAGACCUAUUCGUCCCACAGCCUGUCCCCUGUCAAUUCUGCGGCGUCCACUUCAACAUCAGCCGCAUCCGCUCGAAAUGGGAGCCGAGGUCAGCGGCUUUCGGCCCUGGUGGUCGUGGCGGAUGGGUCGAGGGACGGGACUUCACAAGGGAUGAAGAAGACGAGGAAGAGCGGGCGCAAGAUAUGUACGAUUACGAUGACUGCUCAUCCGAGAUGGGGUGCUGCAUGGCUCUCCGACCUCCUGGGUUUUAUAACCCGAGACCCCUAUUAUACGAUGAUGACCCAGCGGGUGGUAUUCAUCUGGAUGACCCUAACUAUGAAUAUCAGAGUGAUUCUGGGGAUGAACCUCUAGAAUACGAGUCAGGAGCAAGUGAUGCUGAGGAUGAACGUAUGGAGACAUCCGACGAUGAAUGUACAAAUCAACUAGAGUGGACGUUUAAGGUACAGGGGCCUGAUCACCCGGAAUACGACACCAAGUUCUACCCCCUCUCAACACAACUAGGCGAGAGUAUUUGGACCAUCAAUGCUGAUGGCUCUAGGACAAUGAACAAGGAGGCCUACGACAAGUCCAGAUGCUAUGAACAUAUUGCUGGGCCAGACUGCCGAAAUAGCCGAGCUUACUUGGGGAGGAAUAUCUUCGCCGAAGAAAUGAGAGGCUGCCAUACCGUUCAGUGUAUCCUUGCGAAAGGACCCGGUUGGAAACCUCGAGUGGACGAUCUCGACUUCGAACGGAAGAGUCAAUAUCAUCUGACGGGCGUCGCGCAGAUCAUGCCUUCAUCUGGAGAUGGAUUGAUAUUUGCGCCGGUUCGACACGGUGUCAAUAAUAUUCGGGCGGAAACUGAAUUUUUGUUCGCAACGUCUCAGGAGGAGCUCAACGAGAUCGGGCUACCGUUUCAUCCAGCAUGCUUUGAGUUGUUUAUCCAAGCGAGCAAGCAGUGUUUAGGGGAAGUUGACAUGGAUACGUUGGUCCGGAUUCGUGACAGAGGAUGUAUGACAAGCCAGCCCUUUCCAAUUGAAAACCACGAACAUGUCACAGAAGGACAAGAACAGGUCUGGAACCAUCAGGUCGGCCAUGAGUACCUAGUCGCCAAUCCCAUAUUUGUCCCUGCGCUGAAGCCGAUCAUCAAGUCCGCCAUUUCCACGGACAAAGGGUUCAGCGUCCACAGCAGCCCCUUCGACGCCAGGAAUCAAACAAAUACCGUAUCAUCCGCCCCGGAUCCUUUCCUAGCAUUCCCCAUUGAAAUCAGUUUGAUCAUCAUUGACUACCUUAGCUCCCAAGACAUUGCCGCUCUUCGACUCGCCUCACGCGCCUUCACACACUUACCGAAUUCGCUAUGGCAUCGGCUGGUCGUUCGGGAAAUGCCGUGGUUGUAUGAAGCGUGGUCGUCGGAUCCGACGCCAUACUAUUGGGCCACUGUAAUCACCCACGACGUGCACCAGGAAAAGGAAGCUCGAGAAGAGUGGGACCGUGACAUGGAGAAACAAAGACUUGUCAUCGCUGAAGAGAUGCCUGAAGUUCAGGCUGAAUGGCUGCGAAACCAACCACAGUGGGAAUGGCCGGACCACCCGGACAGACUGGAGGUUCUCGGUCUGAGUCCCGUCAAAUUGGAUUAUAAUAACACGAAUUGGUAUCAGCUCUACCGGGACAUUACUGUCAAUUGGAAACAGCUCAAAGGGCUACAGAACCGUGCUCGGAUUUGGGACGCCAUGAUGCAGAUUGUUGGUGCGAUCAAGGAUCUCGACGAUACCCACCGGCAAAAGUUCCCACAGCAUACCCAUCCAUACCCAAACCCCAAAAUCACAGCCAUGCCAAUCCUACCACUCCUCCCCCAACAAUCCCAAACACCCGCGAUCCACACGGCCCGGCUUCUCCUCCGACCGUUUCGGGCCGCGGAUCUUCCCGCUCUGCACGUUCUCCGAACCACUCCCGAUGUCAUGCGCUGGACCCGACAGGGGCGCAUCGACGCCACGACAGAAGAAACGAGUAAAUGGAUGGAACGGUUCACACAUGACACCGAAGCAGGGGAACGACCGAACUACAAUUUCGCGGUCCUGCGCAAAACGAUCCAGGGUGAAGUCUCGGCCACGACGUCCGAGGAAGGCGAUCUUAUUGGCAUUAUGGGCAUCGUAUCUAUUACCGCUGAGGACGGUCCCGAGGUGGGAUAUCUAUUUCUGCCUGAGACGUGGGGGAGCGGGUACGCCACGGAAGCGCUGAAGGGGUUUGCGGAAGCGUGGUGGAGGUUGCCGAUUCCUGGGGACGGGGUCUCUGGGGCUGCGGAAGUGGGGACAUUGCGUGCUGUGACGGAUAAGACGAACGUGGGGAGUGCGAAGGUACUGACUAAAUGUGGAUGGACGAUUGUGGGGGAAGGUGUUGAUGGGGUGGGCGAGAAGAAGGUAGAAUUGUUGCAUUGGAUGCUGCGACGCCCUGCGGUUUGA